CAUGUUUGGUUGUCGCUGCUCGGAGCCUGCUGAAUGAGGCUUAACGUUGUUGGGCCUGGAGUGCGAUUGUGAUCGGGUUAAAAUCCCGGAAUCGGUACCCGGUACAACGGCCCACUGCGUCCUUCGGGAGCCUACUCCGGUUUAGGGAGCUGUGGGGUGGACGUUGUUGGGCGAAGAGAACCAUCACUUCGACUGGGACAACACCAAGAUCUUGGGACAAGCAAAGCAGGGACAGGCACGGGAAUUCCUAGAAACCUGGUCCUCCACAAAGAAAGCCAUCAACAAACACAUCAAACACAACCGCAUAUACACUCCACUAUGAAGGAAAACCAGAAGUGAGGUAAUCCAGCUCAAUUGACGCCAGAGUUUAAAAACCAGGCAGGAAAACACCAUGACGCUUCAUUGGAGGCUGCACUGAUGACGUUAUCCAGCAGGGUAAUGAAAUGUCUGUGGAACAACAAACCAGCUAAGUGAGCCAACCAACCACGAUACCCACAACCCGAGCUACAAAUCUACUCCGAAACCUGAGAAAUGAUGAUGCUCAUGUGCCUCUGCUGCCCAUGUCCUUCAAGGUCACAGGGUCAUGGGUUUCAAAGGUACUGUCCGAGGAGUCUUGUAACUACAGCUCGUGCAAAGCAUGGGGGUGAAAACACAGCGUCCUCGAUGUUUUUUUGACAUAACUGUCAAUAAUCUGCUUGUAGGGAGAGUUGUCUUUGAAUUGUUUUCAGAUGUGUGUCCAAAGACUUGCGAGAACUUUCGCUGCCUCUGUACAGGUGAAAAGGGCGUUGGAAAGAGUACUCAAAAACCUUUACAUUAUAAAGGUUGCCUAUUUCACAGAGUUGUAAAGGAUUUUAUGAUUCAAGGAGGUGACUUCAGUGAAGGAAAUGGCCGAGGAGGUGAAUCUAUCUAUGGAGGGUUUUUUGAAGAUGAAAGUUUUGCAGUCAAACACAACAAAGAGUUCCUGUUGUCUAUGGCUAACAGAGGAAAGGAUACUAAUGGUUCACAGUUCUUCAUAACUACUAAGCCUGCCCCUCAUUUAGAUAGUGUACAUGUGGUCUUUGGUCAAGUUAUUUCAGGACAGGAAUUAAUAAGGGAUGUGGAAAACCAGAAGACUGAUGCAAAUAGCAAACCAUAUGCAGAAGUACGCAUCCUAAACUGUGGAGAAUUAAUUCCAAAAUCCAAAGCAAAAAAAGAAGAGAAGAAAAGAAAGAAAUCUUCAUCCUCUUCGAGCGAAUCUGGGAGUUCUUCUGACUCAAGCUCUUCCUCGGAAUCAGAAAGUGAAACAGAUGAAGAUGCUAAGAAAAGGAAAAAGAAACAACGGAAGAAGGAGUCCAAAAAACGAAAGAAAGACAGGAAACGAAGAAAGAAAUCAGAAAAGAAAAGUUCAUCAGAUGAAAGUGCAGAAAGUAGUACACUCCAGACAGUUGCCACUGUUCGUGCUGAGGAAAUUCCCCCUGUGCCAGAGAACAGAUUCUUAAUGCGAAAGAGCCCUCACAAAGCAGAUGAAAAAGAAAAAGAGAAAGAGAAAAAGAAAGAGAGCAAUGUGUCAAAUUCCCAAAUUUCUACAUAUCAAAGAAGACUCCUAGUAACUAGGUCAGGCCGAAAAAUUAAAGGAAGAGGACCCCGGCGCUAUCGAACACCUUCAAGAUCAAGGUCUCGGUCAAGAGAUCGAUUUAGGCGUAGUGAAACUCCCCCACACUGGAGGCAGGAGAUGCAACGAGCACAAAGAAUGAGGGUUUCAAGUGGAGAACGAUGGAUCAAAGGAGACAAGGGUGAAGUGAAUGAAAAGAAAGAAAACCACAACAAUAGAAGCCCAGACAGAGGGAGAGAGCGAAUAUCUUCAGACUACAAACCAGACGUAUUGGAUAGUCCGAAAAGGAGCAGAGAAAGGGAUAAAAAAUCUGAACGAGAGACUGGGAGGAGUCAUCGAUCUAAAAGUAAAGAAAGGGAACAGAAGAAAAUGAAUAGAGAUGACAAAUCUGAAAAAAGCAAGCCUAAAAAGAGAAAUAAAUCAAGGAGUAAAGAAAGAAAUCAAAGCAGAAGCAAAGAUAAGGAAAAACAUGACAAAACCAGAAGCAGGGACAGAGAGCACAGAUCAAACAAAGAAAAGAGAGCAAAUUCAAGAAGCAAAGAUAGGGAGCAUGCAAAAGGCAAAGAGCGGGAUAAACCUGCUAAAUCAAAUAAAGAACAGGGAAAGCCAGAAAAAUCUCAAAGCAGAGAACAGAGUAGAAGUAAAGAGAGAGGAAAAUGUGCAAAGUCAAAAUCCAGAACUCAUGAUCGAGAAAAAAGUAGCAGUAAAGAGAGGAGGAAAUGGCCCAAGUCUGAAAGUAAGGAAGGAGAACAGAACAAUGGCAAAGAGUUGGAGAAACGAGCCAAGUCCAAAUCUAGAAGUAGGGACCGAGAACAGAAUAAUGGUAAAGUGUUAGAGAAACAAGACAAGUCAAAAUCCAGUAGUAAGGAACGGGAGCAAAAUAACGGAAAAGAUUGGGAGAAACAAGCCAAGUCAAAACUCAGCACACGUGAUCCAGGAGAGAGUAACAACAAAAUGUGGGAGAAACGAGCCAAGUCACAGUCCAGAAGUAGGGAUCGGGAGCAGAAUAACAGCAAGGGAAGGGGAGAAGAGACCAAAUCAAGGAGUAGAGAUCGAGAACAAAGUGACAGCAAAGGGAGGGGUAAAGAAGCCAAAUCGCGAAGCAGAGAUCGAGAACGGAGUAAAAAUAGAGAGAGGAGAAAACGAGCCAGAUCGAAAUCCAGAAGUAGAGAUCAUAAACAUAGUAAAAGCAGAGAGAGAGCAAAACGGGCCAAAUCAAAAUCUAAAAGUAUAGAAAGAAGUAAAAGCAGGGAGCGGGAUAAAAGGGCCAAAUCAAGAUCCAGAAGUCGAGAUAGAGAACAGAGUAAAGAUAAGUACAGAGGGAAAAGGGCCAAAUCUAGAAGCAAAGAUCGGCAUAAAAGUAAAAGUAAGGAAAGAGAACACAGAGACAAAUCAAGGAGUAAAGAUAGAAUAAAAGACAAAAGUAAAGAAACAGAAAAGCAUGCAAACUCAAGAAGCAGAGGCAGGGAACAAAAGCACAAGGAAAACUGGAUUAAAUCCAGCAGUAAUGAUGAGCAGGGCAAGAGUAAAGAUCAAGAAAAAAGAGCAAAAUCCAAAAGUAAGGAAAGGGAUAGAAGUCAGAGCAAAGAAGCAAACAAGAACAGAGAUAGAGAACAGAAAAAGAGGGGACAUUCAAACAGCAAAGACAGAAGAACCCCUGAAAAAGAUAGGUAUGAUAAUUCAAAGAAGGAACAAAAGACUAAAAUUUCAGGAGAUAAUCCAAACAAAGAGAGAGACUUAAAGACUUCUGAAAAUCAAAAUUCAAAUGGAAAAAUAAUACACAACAAGGAGGAUGAAAAACCAAAAAAUCAGGGAAGGGAUCAUAGCAGCAGCUCUGAGAGUUUGAAAGAGGAUGAGGAUAGGAAUAAAAAGGAAAAAAGUAGUAGUCCAAGUAUGAAGAGAAAAAGGGGGAGUAGUAAAAACAAGAUAUCUGAAGAAAGGUCUGCAUCUAGAAACAGAUUAUGUGAACAUGGUGACAAAAUUAAGAAGUCAAACAGCAGAACAAAAAAUCGGAACCACGAAAAAGAGCAGCACUCAAACUGUGAUUCAUCCCCUAGUUCAGAUGAAGAUAGAAGUGAAUAAAUGUGCUUUAUGGACAAGUGAUCGAUUGCCAAUAAAUGUUUCUGUGAUUUUUUUUUCAGAGGUAUGUUAGGGACAUGUCUUUUAAACCUGAAUUUCAGUUGGGUUUGGUUUUUUUUGACAAUCUGCAGCCUGGAUUAUUUGUACUACUGGACUUUUAAUAAAUUUGUAAAGUGUUGCAAAAGAUGAUUUCAUCUAAUGUUUUAAUUUUGGAGCAUUUUGGUUUUUAGCUUUAUUUUGUGAUGUUUCUGAAACAGACCAAUAAAUAACUUUUUAUUGGAGUUUGAUUUUAGUGUUUUCCGUAACAGCAUUUCCUGUUUGAAUGGGAGAAAUGUAUCUGAAUGGAUUGAAAGCUUUCUGGUAAUUGCCAUCCUGCUACUUUUUUCACAGCAGUGGGUAGCAGAGAUCUUGCGUGAGAUGAGUUUAAGCAGAUUCGACCUAGUUCUUUAUGUAGUAAAUUCACAGCAUAGCUUGGACACAGUGCAGCAUCGUGCUAAAAUGGGAUUGUUGCUCAGAGACACCAUUUGGGAUGAUCAUUAUUGGGAGGUGAGGAUAUAAUGUUGAGGCAUGUUGAAACUGAUAUUCUGGCAAUAUACCUACAGUGCACAUUACCGGAAAAUGUCAAAUGACACAGUAUAGAACUUUCCUCCCGUUGGUGAUUGUAAGAAUUCACUAAUGUUGUAUGUUUUUAUUUUCAGCAUGACUGUGUAUAGUACUUAGCAAUAUGGUAGCUUAGUGGUUAGCACUGCUACUUCACAGCACCUGGGUUCGAUUCCUGCUUCGGGUGAUUGUCUGUGUGGAAUGUGCACAUUCCCCUUGUAUCUGCAUGGGUUUCCUCUCAGUCCAAAGAGAUGCAAGUUAGAUGGAUUGGCCAUGCUAAAUUGCCCGUUGUACCCAGGGAUGUGCAGGCUAGGUGGAUCAGCCAUGGGAAGUACAGGGUUACAUGGAUAGGGUAGGGGCUGAGUCUGGGUCGGAUGCUCUUUGGAGAGUCAUUGUGAACUUGCUGGAUCAAAUGGCCUGCUUCCACACUGUAGGGAUUCCAUGAUUCUAUAAAUGUGAUUUUCAUUUUUCAGUACAGUGUAUUGCAGAAUCUUUUAAAUUUGCUUUUUUUUGUUUAGCUAUGAUAUUGCAAAUGUACACAAGACAGAAACGCUUUCAAUUUGGAAUUGAAAUACACUCUUUAAAAUUUUCACUUAAUGUAAUGUCUUAUUCAAAGGUUUGAUUUCAUGUUUUCUGUUCAAUUGCGUUUGCGUAAACUUGGACACUACAAAAUAUAUUAAAUCCUUUUUUAAAAAUUAUUUUGCUGGACUAAGAGCUACACAUGUUCAUGUGACAGUGCAGAAUAGCAAUGGGAUCUUGAUGUAUAAACAAAGGUAUCCCACCAAAAUACUGCAGCAUGUUCCAGAGUUUUCAUCUAGAAUUUCUAAUAACUCCUGUGGAAUUUGUUUCACGCUGUGAUUUGUUUAUAUACUCUGUACAUUGCAACCACAGUCCUAAACAAACAUGCUUCAUGAAGUAAAAUGCUAUGCUACGUGUCCUAUACUUGUACAUUUGGACAAACUCUCUUACCCUGAUAAUUUAGAGAAACAGAUGUUCCAGUGUCCUCAUCCCUUCUAAUCUUUUUGGCAAAAUGGAAUUUCUUAACAGAGCUUUAUUAAAUAUUUUGUCUAUGACUUAACAAAUGUUUCUAGUUGUAUGCACCAACUGUGCAACCAGUCUUUGAUUCCAUCAUUUUAUUUUAGGAGUCUUAGUGGUUUGGGGCAAGCAACAUCUAACAUUUUAUUUUAUUUUAUUUUCCUUGAAAUUGUUUGAAAAUUGUCUUUUCUCAGAUUCUGCCUUGAAGGAUUAUCUGAAUGUUUCUGAUUUAAAUUUAAUGGUAUGAAAGGAUAAAGAUCGAAAUCUUUUUCUGAACUUUUGAAGCAGGUUUGUUUCUCCACAAUUAAAUUCUGUAGUGACUUUAUGAAAGUUGUUCCUUCAACAGAUGUAUGGUUAUUAGUGUAUGGCCCUUGUGUUUCUUUUUUUACAAAGUUCUAUCAUGCAAUAAAAUCAUAUUGCACACAUUUUAUUUGUAAAGCAUAUAACAAAUUCUACCUUAC